AUGCUAGAUGGCUUCAGGACAGACCCACUGGAGACCAAGGCUGAGCCCAUCAGCAACAGUGGAGUGCCUCUGAGAACGUGUGAACUCGUGAGAGUGGACAGUGAUACGGUAUUUGUGUUUUGGAGGAUAUGGGAAAUUUAUCCCCAAGGAUAUUUGCAGAAAGCAAAAGAAAUCGUAGAAAGCCUCCCCCAUGUGUAUCCUCUGGUUAAAACAGAGUAUGUGUACGAGGAUGAUAGUGUUAACCAUCCUCAGGUUAUCACCAAGGAAGUCCCAUUUACAGCAACUGAAUUGGCAAAGCUGAGAAAAGAUUUUGCAAGAACUGCAAAAGAAUCAGAGACAGAGUAUGUGUGGAGAGUGUCUUUGUCAGGAGAGGGUGGAAUUUUGUUGUCAGAAAAAGAAGCAGAAGGAUAUUGGUAUCCAGGUAUGUUUCUAACUACUGGUGACCACCGAGCCCCAUGGUCAUUGACUCAGAGAGCUGCGUACUGAGCCGGCGGGCUGAACUCCUUGGAGACGGGAGAUCCCCUUGCCAUAACAGGUAUGGUGGAUCAGUUAGUGGAAAGUGUGCAGAAGGCGGCCUGUCUGCAGGUGAUGUAUGAUCAGGAGCUCAAGCCCAACCAGGGCUCCCUGAUAAUGAUGACUGUGGACUCGGAAAGGAUGACUCCCCUGAUACGAGGACUCCCUGACACCAUUGCUAUUCAUUUGCAAGGGAAGAUUCAGAACACCCCCAAUGCAGAAAGAAUGAUGGCCGCUAUGGAGGGGAUAGUGACCCCUGACCAUCAACGGCCAGGGACAAAAGUAUGGACAUGGGGAGAGGUAGCCCAGGAAUUGAUUAAUUUUGGGAGGAAAUAUGGCCCCAUUGGUAGAUCAUCCCAAAGAACUGAAUCCAGGGUUGUACGGGCUGAAGAGCAAAUUAGUGGGCAACAAUCAUCCAUGAGGAAGGGCCAAGGCUUGGGAUCACCCUGAGGACAGAAUUCUGGGAGAGAAAGGCCCCUAACUCGACAAGGACUGUGGCAACUAGGGCUUCCGAAAGGUAUUCCCCAGGAUUUGAUGGGCGGACUCCCGACUCAAAAAUUAGAACAACUUGUGCAGAACGGGUGGAUGUCGCUGCACAAGGUCUCCAGUUCCUUGAGGAGGAUGGCGAGGUCAGUUGCCUCCUGCCCAGCCUGGGGGACAGCUUGCAGGUGGCACACCUCUACUCCCACCAAUCCAUCUCAUUUUCAAGGACAACCCAUCUUGGUCAAACUUCCCACGGUAGGCAAAGUGCCACUGGUGUUGGACACACCCCUUAAUAAACACACCUGGAAGGCAAAAGAUGCUUGUGGAAAAAGUCUUAAGAUUCACACUAGAUGGAUUGUUCCCUCUUUCUAAAGUGAGAAGUGAAUUUGUUUUUUGUUUCACUUUCAGAAGGAAGCAACACAGAUGCACCCACAGAAGAACUGAAGCAGACACAGAUUUUAAUGUAAUUUGGUUGGAUGUGUAUGUUAAUUUUUGCUAUAUUGUUUUGGGGAUUUACCUAUAAGAGGGAAGGGAAGCCAACUCCCCCACUCGCCCCCCAGCCCAUAUGACCCCUUUGAGGAUAAUGAAUUCAUUUUGUUAGUAAAAACUGUAAGCCAAACCUUUAAUCUAAGUCACUGUUGGGUUUGUGGGGGACCUCUAGGAUUAUCAAGAUGGCCAUGGUUCUCUACACCCCUCACUCCAGCACAAAUUGUAAGCAAUUAUAGUGAAACAAAUAACACCACCUAGGAUGAUAGUGGAACAUGGCCAAUUCAAUUUCCUACAAUGGGUCAAUAUUGCUUAAAUUUUACCCAGAAGGGAGGGGUCAAUGUGGGGGAAAGCAAGUGUCAAUGGACACUCAUACAUAAAUUGGUUAACAAAGAUAGAGAUGUUUAUAUAUGGGUGUGGUUUGAUGAAACCGGAUGCAACAAAGGGUUUAAAGGGUUUUGGUCAAACAAAAAUGAAACCUUAUUUGUCCGAUGGCCUGGAAACCACAUUUACCAUC